AAAAAUCUCAUGGACUUGAAAUAUCCAACCGUAUUACCACCGAAUCCUCAGCUUAAGGCUCUACUUGUAUUUCAUAAAUCGGACAAUAUCUGUGAAGUAAUGACACAAGCGUGUCAUCGCCAACAAUUGGACGUAACUGUGGUGAAGACAAAGGAGGCAGCGCUUGAGAUCCUUUCAAAUACAAACACCACAGCGGAAUGCUAUCACUUAAUUGUAAUUGAUGCGCGCUCAACCAAGUAUUUGGAUGCUGAGUACAUUACCAGGUCAAUUCGUCACACAAAUGGACAUCAUUUCACAACAAUAAUUACAGUUGUAAAGAAAAGCUUCUUUGAAAAGGACGAUGUCCUUAUUGCAUUAUUAGACGCUGGCGUUAAUAGAUGCAUGGCGGAAACUACGAACUUAUCCUUGUGCAGCAUCGAAUUGAAACAAAUUUUACAUUCAAUUGUGCGACCACACAACGUCAUGUCAACUCAACAGGCACUUUACACGGCCCUUCACAGGCUCAAAGAGGUCCUUAUCAUAACCGAUGAUGUACUUCGAAUACAAUAUGCAAAUAAAUCUGCUGAAAGAUUAUUGAAUAUGCGUUUGGAUGAAAUUAUCAGUAAACCACUUGCAGACAUUUUUAUUUCGGAUGUUUCAUCUAUAAGUGCACAUGGAAAAAGCAUUAGAGAAUUCGAUGGAAUUUUAACAGUUCGCCGUAAGUGCCAGGAUGGCAUACCAAUGCACGUACGUGUAGUGCCUGUGGCUUGUAUUGGGAGAACUCCAACACAUUUUGUAUUUAAUUUCGAUGUACCUGGUGGACAAAAUGAUUUUAUAGCGACACUACCACAACCGAAGGAAGCACCACGCGGCUCUCUACAUUCUAUAAGGCGAGGAAGCUUCGAUGUACGAUCAGUUGCAUCCGAUGGACUGCGACGUACUAGUCUAGCAAAAUUGACCUCACUACCACUGGAAGCGCCAAUAACAAAAAUAAUCAAUUUACUCUCACAAGUACAGGAGAAUUGUUCGGCAGAUGAGGCGCGCCUCAUAGAUAAAGUACUGGAAUUCUUGAAACGUGAAGGUCUUUAUAGUCCGCAAAUGAAGGAAAUACGUACAGAGGAUCCUAUAGCAACCGAUUUAAUUGGUGCACUCUUAACGGGACCUAGUUUAUAUUCCUCAAGACGUAGCUCAAAUGACUCCAUUAUACGUGUAUCAAGUCGCCCCUCUGGUGUCAUGCCAGCAAAAAUGAAAGCAACUCCACUAAUAAUGGAACUACUCGAAGAAUCUCUCUCUUGGGAAUUUGAUAUAUUCAAAUUGGAAGAUAUCACUGAAAAACGUCCACUUUUGUAUUUGGGUAUGGAAAUCUUUCGACGUUUUGAUGUUUUCGCAACACUCAAUAUCGAUGAGAACAUAUGCAAAAGUUGGUUGGCAGUUAUUGAGGCUAAUUAUCAUGAACAAAAUUCAUAUCAUAAUAGUACCCAUGCAGCCGAUGUUAUGCAGGCCACUGGUUCAUUUUUAACACAACUUUCUUUUAAAGAAAUCAUGAUGGAUCGUAUGGAUGAGGCUACUGCACUUAUUGCAGCUGCAGCACAUGACAUAGACCAUCCGGGUCGCUCGUCCGCAUUUCUCUGUAAUUCAAAUAGCCCAUUAGCCAUAUUGUAUAAUGACCUGACUGUACUGGAAUCACAUCAUGCUGCUACUACUUUUAAAUUGACUUUAGGUGACGAUAAGAUCAAUAUUUUCAAGAAUUUAGACAAAGAAACCUACAAAUCGGUACGAAGUACUAUAGUUGAUAUGAUUUUAGCAACUGAAAUGACGCGGCAUUUUGAACAUCUAGCAAAAUUUGUUAGUGUAUUUGGCACCGAUGUGGAACCCAGAGAUAUUGUUCAAACUGAAGACGAGAGCUCAAUAUUGAUUCGACGAAUGCUGAUCAAAGUGGCGGAUGUAAGUAAUCCGGCGAGACAACCCGCAUUUUGUGUAGAGUGGGCACGUCGUAUAGCUGAAGAAUAUUUCACGCAGACAGAUGAAGAAAAAACCAAAUCGUUACCAAUAGUAAUGCCGAUGUUUGAUAGAGCGACUUGUAGCAUACCCAAAAGUCAAAUUGGUUUUAUUGAAUAUAUCAUACAGGAUAUGAUGCAUGCAUGGGAUAGUUUUAUUGAUAUGCCACAAUUGAUAACUUAUAUGCAAAUCAAUUAUUCACAAUGGAAAAAGUUCGAGGAACAAGGAAUACAUACUUUGGCUGAUAUAAAAACAAAACAAGUAUCUCUCAAUGCCAAGAAGACAACGUGCAAAUAGCAUUUGGCAUUCAAGAGGUUGUUCUCAGGGCUACUAAAGCCACAGCCGGUCCAACCUCAGUGUACUUUGACGAUUGGCGAAAACGAGCUGGAAUACUGCAUGCAGAAAUAAUCAAAUCAAUACAAAAUUAACUGAAGAAGUGACUAAAGAUAAUGGUGAAGCACACAAAGUGUUAUGAAGAGUUUAGAACUGUUAUAAUAAUAUAUGUCACAAUAUGGUACAAAUUGAAAGUGGAGGUUGGUAGUACUCGGGGUGUGUUAGUACGCACAGAAUUGUGUAAAAAUAAAUGUGUGAAAAAAAAAUAAGUCAAAAUAUUUUUUAAAAUUUAAAUAUUUACAAAACAAAAAC